UCGGUCAGAAUUUUAAAUUUUGCCGAUUUACAUUAUUAUUAUAUUUAAUCCCUGCUGUUCAAAAUUAUUAUAUGAAAAUAAAUUUUUUAAAAAAAUAUUUCCCAAUAAAGGAAAAUAAUAUUAAAAGAUUUGAUAUAUUAGCAUCACCAGAUAAAAAUAUAAACCAAUUGACAAAACAACUAUUUUACAAUAUUAAUCAUAAUAAUGGAAAUAUAUAUCAAAAAUCAACUAAUCAAAAAGUAUUAAUUGAAUAUAGUUCUCCGAAUAUUGCAAAAUUACUUCAUGCUGGCCACCUAAGAUCAACCCUAAUAGGCAAUUUUUUAGCAAAUGGAUAUGACAAGCUUGGUUAUAAUUUGACAAGGGUAAAUUAUUUAGGAGAUUGGGGAUUUCAAAUAGCCCUAUUAAUUCUGGGAUUGAAGGCUCAAAAAGAUCUUAAAAAUCUAAAAUAUAUAUCUAUAAAUGAUUUAUCGCAAGCAUAUGUAUAUAUAAAUAAAUGUAUGGAAUCUGAUAACAAUAUCAAAAAUAUUGCUCAAAACUUAAUUUGUAAAAUGGAAAUUGGCAAUGAUGAUUUGAAUAAUUUUAAAAACAUUAUCACUCAAAUUAGUUUGGAAGAAUAUAGGAAUAUUUAUAAGAAACUAGGAGUAAAAUUCGAUUUCUACGAAUUUGAAUCUCAAUUUUAUCGUGAAGCAUCGCAGAUCAUUGACUGCUUAGACAAAUUAGGGAACAUUAUUCACAAGGAUAAUGCUAAGGUUUAUAGAUUGAAAGAUGGGUCUGAAAUUGUGUUGCAAAAGUCGGAUGGCUCUUCCCUAUAUUCCACUAGAGAUGUUGCCGCUGCACUUCACAGAGUAACUCAAUAUCGACCUGAUAAGAUUAUUUACAUUGUUGAAAGUGGACAGCAUUUGCAUUUCAAAUCGGUCUUCGAGAUUCUUAAGGAAUUUCCUGAAACUGGAAAUUGCAAGUUCGAGCAUGUGAAAUUUGGUCGAAUCACGGGAAUGCAAAGUAGGAAAGGCAACAGCAUUCUUGUUAAAGAUAUUAUUCAGACUGGAAAAGAGCUGAUGUUAGAAAAGAUACAAAACACUAAUACCACAAGAUCAGAAAUUGACAUGGAUGAUAUCGCCGAAACCUUAAGCGUAUCGAGCAUCAUAGUUAAUGUCCUCAAAGAAAAAAGGUGUAAAAAUUAUCGCUUUGAUUGGGACAAAGCUUUAGAUUUUAAAGGCGAUAGCGGAAACUUUUUACAAUACACCCAUGCCAGAUUGCACAAUUUGGAAACAAAUUUGGUUAAAGAUAAAUUAAUUACGGACCAUUCCAAGAAUUGUCUUACUUAUAAAAAUGUUGAUUUCAAAAUGCAAGACCUUUACUCUACGGAUAUUCAUGAUAACGGAGCGCUAAUAACAGUUUGCAUUAAUCGAAUCGCCAAAGAUAUACUGGCAUUUCAACCCAGUUUAGAGUUAUCAAUAGCGCAGGCCGAGCCCCAUAUAUAUCUAGACAAUCUUUUCCGGUUUUGCCACUCAAUUAAUCAUUGUUACCGUCAUUUACCGAUUAACAAAGCCCCGAAUGAAAAGGCUCUAUCUGCUCGCGCAUAUUUAUUUUUUACUUUACGUCUUGUGUUAAACCAAAAUUUACAAAUCUUAGGAAUAAAACCCCUAAAUAAGAUGUGAUAUUAAAAAUAAAUAAUAAAAAUAUCUGUUAAAUUUUUUUGGGAUUAUUUUUAACUAUUGGUUUUUUCGGAUAUUUCGUUGCUUGUUUUGCAUAUAAAAAAAGAAUGUAAUUAUAUAUCAGAGUUGUUAAAAGAUACUUUUAAAAUGUAUUUAGAUAUAUAUAUAUACACCACGUUCUCCAAGAUACAUAUUUUAUUAUGAACACAUAAAGUGUGCAAUAAUGCCAAAAUUGAAAAUCUAUUGUUAAAACUCAAGUUGUGAAUUGAACCAAGCAUAUUUUAUUUUUAAUACAAUUAAAUGAUUAAAAAAUAUUAUUUUUAGCUUUUUUAAAAAACAUUUUUUCCUAUAAUAUAUCGACACCUUAACUUCCUUUAGUAAGCUUUUAUCAUUUAAAAAAUUUGGAUCGCACAUCUGCAAGCUCACCUAGAAAGGUUCUUUUUGAGACAUAGACUGGUCAUAACUAUACUUAAACCGAAUUAUAGAAGUUUUAAUGGCAGUCUUCUCUCCAAAGAACUUUGCUAGACUUACUUUUCCUUACUUAUUCUUCUCGUUUUUCGCUGCUAUAUUUCAUAUUUCAUCUUU